UUGCCACUAAAGAAGCAAAUAGGAAUGCCAAAGAAAAAACGAAGAAUACAGGAGGGAGAGACAUCAAGUCAGAGGAUGAGUAAGACCGGGGUGAAGAUGAAAUGCUCCUAUUGCCACAAGGAAGGGCACAAUAAGAAAGGUUGUCAGUUGAAAAGACAACGUAAACAAGAAGUUGUUGCAAGAGCUGAUCGUGGGCCAAGAACAACACCUACUGAAGAGGUUGCUCUUGGGCCUACUGAAGGGCCAACAAAAGGCCCUGUUGUAGGCCCAAGUGCAGGGACAAGUACAGGCAAGACGACAACAACAACAACUGAGUCCACUGUCGAACAAAUGAGGAAAAAAUAUCCAGUAAGCUAUAUAUUGUUGUGUUUGUCUUUUAUGGGCUGAGUUUAAUUUUGUUAUGUGUUUCUCAGGUGAGAAGAUGACCAACUGCACAAGUUGCACAAGGACAGGGAGCCCCACAGGUUGCUCCCCCACAAGUUGCUCAAAGUGAUGCACCACAGCGAACAAGAGGGGUUCUUGGAAAAAGAAUAAGGCAAUAUGGUUAUGGGAUUUACACAGAUGAACGUACUGGAAUGACUAUUUUCAAUCCUGGAAGAAGGUCGGAGGUGCUUAUCUCUCAAGGUGGGCCAACUCAAGAGUCAAUGGCGCAGCCAAAGAAGAGCACAAAGAAGAAGAAGAAGACAGGGAGUACAGCUUCAAAACAGCCACCAACAAAUAAAGUUGCACCAGUUCCAUCUCAACCAACAGAACCAGUACUAGUUCCUUCUCAACCGACUGAUCAUGGGACCAAUGUUCCUACGGAGAGGUCCCGACACAUGACACGUGCUACAAAAAAAAUUGUUGAUGCUAAGAAGAAUGUGACAGAAAUGCCAGUUAAUGAACCUACGCGUCCAGUUCGAAAGAUUGCCCGAAUUAUGAAUCAAUUCAAAAGUGCAAAAGGAAAAGGAGCCGGGGGUGUUGUGCAUAUUGACUAAUGGGAGGGUGCUGGACAUGGUAUCUUCAUUGAUGGGGAUUGCUGCCAUUGUUGUUAUG